AUGCCGGCCCAAGAUGGAAAUGGCGCACUCUAACAAUCACCAUCUUGCUAGAAAGAAAUAUAAAAGGUCUUUCUUGUCUCUACAUUGAGCCUUACCUCGCCGAUCCAGUCGAUCUUACACUCACGUACACCGCAAAAAUGGUUAAAUCAGUCUUGGCUUCCGCUCUCUUCGCCGUGUCCGCACUGGCUGCCAGCCGUACCACGGCUCCUGCCGGCUCGAUCGUCGUCGCCAAGUCCGGAGGUGACUAUGAUACGAUCGGAGCUGCCAUUGACGCUCUGAGCACCACCUCCACCGAGACUCAGACCAUCUUCAUCAAGGAAGGUGUUUACAAUGAGCAGGUCUACCUUCCCGCCAUGAAGGGCAAGGUGAUCAUCUACGGUGAAACCGAGAACACUGACACCUACGAGGACAACCUUGUCACCGUCACCCACGCCAUCUCUUAUACGGACGCUGGUGAGAACGAUGACCUGACUGCGACUUUCCGCAACAAGGCUGCUGGAUCCCAGGUCUACAACCUCAACAUUGCCAACACUUGUGGCCAGGCUUGCCACCAGGCCUUGGCCCUGAGCGCGUGGGCUACCGAGCAGGGCUACUAUGCCUGCAACUUCACUGGCUACCAGGAUACUCUCCUUGCCCAGACCGGUAACCAGAUCUACGCCAAGUCUUACAUCGAGGGUGCCGUCGACUUCAUUUUCGGUCAGCACGCUCGUGCCUGGUUCCAGGAGUGUGACAUCCGUGUUCUUGAGGGUCCCACUUCUGGUUACAUCACCGCCAACGGGCGCUCCUCCGAGUCCGACACUUCUUACUAUGUGAUCAACAAGUCGACCGUCUCUGCUGCUGAGGGUAACGACGUUUCCGCAGGCACCUACUACCUUGGCCGUCCCUGGUCCCAAUACGCCCGUGUGGUCUUCCAGCAGACCAGCUUGACCAACGUGAUCAACUCCCUCGGCUGGACCACCUGGUCCACCUCCACCCCCAACACCGAGAACGUCACUUUCGGCGAGUACGAUAACACCGGUGCUGGAGCCAAGGGUACCCGUGCCACCUUUGCCGAGAAGCUGACUACCAAGCUCAACAUCGCCGACAUCUUGGGAUCCGACUUCACCAGCUGGGUCGAUACCAGCUACUUCUAA